GACUCGACGAGUUCGGCUGCUCGGACUGCACUCCAGGCGACCGGACCUUUCGAGACGAAACAUCCUAGGAUGCGUCGCUGGAAGAAAGCACCCAAGCGUCUCGGCCAACCCGAACGGAAACUGUCUAGCCCGUGUUCCAGCGCGAAAAUGAUGUAACAAAACAGUCCUGUCGUCGCUGUCACCGAACCCAUCCUUCUUACCCUCUGUCGACUUCCCGCUGUUUCGGACGUCUUCGGUUCCGUAUGGCACGCGAUGUGUGAUUUCGGUGUGUCAUCCGAGACGUGGAGGGACGCAAUAACUGUCUGACUCGGGAAAGACGAACCGCCGCUUCCCGCCGCCGAUAGUGUUUUGUCCGGUAGUGAAAGAUGUGGGUCAGCAUUUGACGGAUGAAGGGACGAGAUAUGAUAAAAUGAGAGGCGACGUUCGGGAGACGAGGUGGAUCGUGACGUGUGUUCUGGACAAUCCGCCGAUUCGUCGACGUUAGGGCGAACGGAAGGCUGGAUUUUUUUUUUCUUUUUCUCGCAAGUUCUUUCUGGAGAUCCCUGUGGUAUCACUGCUCAACAGGGAAGAGGACGAAAAGAAAAAGAAGAAGCUACCGAUACAGCAUCGGAACACCACUUGAGACAACGUGAGCUGGAGGACUGCUGCUGAGCCAUUCUUCUAUGCCUGAUGAGUGCCGGCGAACAAGGUCGAGCUUACAGCCACGAGCAUCAGGAUAAAAUGGCGCCAGGGCGGAAGCUGAUGACGUCAUCUCGGGAAUGCUGAGGGAGCCAAAAUGAAGUUCCCGUUCAUGAGUCCAGGGCUGAGCAGCCAGCUCGCCAAACUAGGGACUGCCGCUGGGCUGUGGCUUUUUCUCUGCUUCGGUUGCAGCGUCUGUCGGGCGGACGAACAGGAGUACCGGCUGACACGCUACCUCAUGUCCAACUACGACCCGGCGGUGCGGCCUUCUUUCAACUCUUCAUUGUCACUGCGCGUGGACCUGGACCUGUCACUGCUGCAGCUUCUCGACGUGAACGAGAAAAGCCAGACAAUCUCGACAAACUGCAGGCUGACGCAGCGGUGGACAGACGCUCACCUGAAGUGGAACGCAUCGGACUUCGGCGGCAUCGGCGUGCUGCGCAUUCCAUCUGCGCAAGUCUGGAAGCCGGACCUGGUCCUCUACAACAACGCACGCGGCGACUACCACGCUGGACACCUGGGCAGCAACGUGAUCGUGCGAUGGACAGGCGAGGUCCUGUUCCCGGUGCAGGCAGUAUUGUCGAGCGCUUGCCGCCUGGACUUGCAUUAUUUCCCCUUCGACGUUCAUCUCUGCCAGCUGCAGUUCGUGUCCUGGACGUACGACUCGCAACAGGUGGAGCUAGAGCCGGGCCAGACCACCGAUGGUCUGGGCCGCUUUCUCAGACACGGCGAGUUCGAGCUGCUCGAGAUGACCGUCGCGCAGCAGGCGCACCCGCCUCCGGACGCGUCGGCCUCGACCGUGGCGGCGGCGGCGACGUCCACCGCUGCGGGUGAAGAGGGCGACGGCCUGGCAGCGACGGCGGCGCCCCAGUACCGCGGCGUCACGUACACCCUGAGACUUCGCCGGCGACCGGGAUCGCAGCUGCUGCACCUGGUGCUGCCGUGCGUGGUGGUGAACGCGCUGGCCCUUCUGGGUUUCCUGGUGCCCUGCGAGUCCGGCGAGAAGGUGACGCUGGGUAUCAACACGCUGCUCUGCCUGGCCGUCUUCCUGGUCGUGGUGCGAGACAGCCUGCCGCCCGCAGCCUCGGUUCCCUUGCUCAGCGUCUACUACGGCCUGAGCACGUGCGUGGUUGCGUGCACGACGGCGCUGAGUGUGGUGACGCUCAGCUUGCACCACCGGGGUUCCCGAGGUGCCGAGGUUCCGCGCGGACUGCGCCGGCUUGUGCUGGGAUUUCUGGCCCGACUGCUGCUACUAGGCUGCUGCGGACCUAGUAGCGACGAGCGAAAGAACCACCACCAGCGGCACGACUCGUCGCGCGAGUCGAGCAAGUCGUCCCGGCUGCAGCCGCCGAGUCCAUCGCUGGACUCGGACAAGCUGGAGCUAGACCACAUAGAGCGGUAUAACUUCUCCCCGCGGCUGCGGCAUCGCAAGGAGUUCUGCGCUGGACUCGGAGGCGUGCUGGGCGGCGGGGUGCCGCCGCCUCCGGCGCCCGGACCCGCGGUCGACGGCUCCUCGGACGAGUUCGAGAAGCAGUUUCUGCGGGUGCUCGCCAAGGUGUACCAGACGAUCGAGAAGAACGAGCUUCGCGUGGCGGAACGCGACCGACGCGACGCGGUGCGGGGGGAGUGGCAUCAAGUGGCCGUCGUGUGCGACCGUUUUCUACUGGCCGCUUUCCUGCUCUCCAUCGCCGUGGCCGCUUGCGUGGUGCUCUUCUCCGCAGCACCGCAGCCGAACAGGCCCUGACCGCCGGCACGAGUGAGCGAGCAGUCCUCCAGUGCUACAGUGCCGGUGCACCGACGUGCCCGCGACACACUGUUCUUCUGCUGUGGCAGCAACUGUGUGUUCAUCCGUCACCGCCGUCCGUCACUCUCGUCACGCCGUUCUGCACUGCGAGAUGGCGUCGAGAUAACAGCGGCACCUCGGAGCCCCUGGCUCCCUUACAUCGCCGCGAGAGACCUUGCUGGCAUCGCGGGAUUUGUAACCUUUUGAAAAACGAGCUUGAAGCCGGUGGCCUGUUAUCACCGACUGGAUACCGGGGGAGUGCGUGCCCUAUAAGUACUUCAUCUUGCAGAUUCCGUGCGGUGUCGCAGAAGUUGACACACCGCCAUCCUCUCCUCGCACGCGAUGAAAUAAUUCCCCGAUUUGAACACCCCCUGUAAACAUCGCUUCUUUAUGAGUUAUGCUAUAACAGAAAUUUGACAAAUGAGCGUCGACGUACUUCAAGGAUGUCAUAUGGCAGACGAGUGAUACAUAAGAUAAAUCUGUCUUUUUUUUUUUUAUCAAUUGAGGCUACGGUUUCCGCGGUGUUGCAUGGAACUAGUGAGACUGAGCGCGACGGGAUCAGCUCUAAGUGAAAUAGUGACGCUUAGCCUGGCUGUGCAGAAGUCGGGAAAAAUUGUAUGCGGUAUUUCGCAUUAUGCUAGAAUGUUGACAUGAAUGGGCAAAAAAACACUCAUAAUUAAGAAACAACUACACAGGGUGCCCAGCUAAAUUUAGCCGGGGCUUAAAGAUAUGCCGGCGCGCUCUAUAUGACGACACGACCAAAUGAAUGUUGCUGAAUAUUCCACGGAGUAUGUCGCACUAUUUCUUGUGUCCGGCUUAAUUUCCUGACUAGGCAAGAUUAAUUAACCGACUUGAAGCAAUGAAGCUGCGCGAAAAGUUCCAAUUAGAAAGUUGUAGAUCGGUUUGCGAAACGUCGGAUUAGACAGUUUCUAACUUCCAAUCUACUAAGUAUUGGUGUUCUUCUGCUUACUGUAGAUGGCAGUGCUCCCUAACAGUGAUUGCAGUGCUCCCUAACAUUCCGCGUGCCACGUUCAAACAGCCAUAGCAUUUGGCCGGGUGUGCUGCCGCCGAAAAGGCGACAAAGCAGCGACGAUGGCGGUGAGUGUGCGGUGACUCACCUGUUGCUAGCAGCAGCACAAGCGAUAAACGCUGCGUCUGCUCAUCGCUGUCAUGAGCCGUGCCGAGGGAAGCGUGAGCAGCCGAGCACCGUAGCCACUGCACCACCGCGGCGGACAAAACUUCACGAAACUCCUUAGUUUCGCAAUUGCAUGUUCUUUUUUCUUAGCAUUUUCGGGAGGAAGUGUUUGUACCUGUCUGAUAUAAUGGAAGAGCGCGCGGUUUUCACGUUUUCAAAAAUGAUCUCACGAUUUCUUGCAGUAUUUCCGGUCAUGCUACAUGUCACCGAGAGUGUUGGCCCGAAACAUGAGCUACGGCUGCCAGUGUUCGGCACUUAUUCAGUAGCGUCAUUGCACGCAAACAGAUAUUCGCCGUCCGAACUUUGGCGAUCUUUUAUAUCAUUAUUAUUUAACGCAGUAUGUCUUCGUAAAUCACGCUCCUCAUCUCACUACCAAACAAACCAGCCCCAGGUCAAGCUCGACUCGGGUGAAGCCACCUCAUUGCGCCGCGCGUGAGAGUGGACGUGUUUGCGAGCUAUAAAUUGUGAGCCCAGUGUUCCCGUAUCACUAUUUCCCAAUCUUCAUCCUCACUCUUCCAUCUCACCACAGUGUAACCCGCGCCUGGUAAAACCAAAAGGGCAUUUAUAACGACACGGUACGACGCUGUGGUCUGUACAGCUGCGUCCUUAGCGCCAAACAAGAGGCGCGUCGAAUCGCGAAAAGCCGCUUUCCUUCGUGACUUGGGCGCUCCCAGAUUCAGUCACUCGACAAGCUUUCGCUAUACGCUCGCUGUAUUACUUUUUUUUUCAUUCUUUAUUAUCACGUCGAUGACGGGUGCCCUGCGCUCAAGCGUCGUCUUCAUUCACACCGUACUUGCUCAGCACUGCCUCAAGACGACUUGUGGUUACUUGCAAGCGCACGAGGACGAGUAUAUUGUUGGUGCAUUCCCGAAUAUUAAAUGGCGAGUGAAUCGUAAAGGUGUCGCGCCCAUUGCGUACAUGGGUUUAUGAAACCGUGCAAAAGCAGAAUCCUCGCGUUUCCUUCAGUAGCAUUGUGAAAGGUGUACCUAUCUACCACACGCAUAGCAGACCGGGAGUCAGGCCCAUGUGCGGCCACAAAACGCCACACGCACAGUUCUCAUUAAGGCCUCAUAAAAAGCGAAAAUUGGCCGCCGGCGUCAACACGGGUGAUGGAAAAAAUCAACGUCACAUGAUGACGUAACUAUGUGACAUCAUCAUGGCGUCACAUGAUGAAGUCAUCACCUGACUUCGUCGCUUGGUCAAGGGUAGGCCGAUCACGGAGGCAGUGCAAAACCACAUGAGAGGAGAAAGCUUGCAAUUCCUCCGAUCCUGGAGGGAGUGCAGAAGGCUAGGGUGGCAGGGGGUUGAGGUAGAGGCUAUAGAGUAACUGCAUAUGCUACCUAUGUAGCAUAUACAGUAACUCUAGUAGAGGGAAAUGAGCUCCUCUAUUCCCUCCCCCUCCCUAUCGGCCCUCCUCCUGCUCCCACGGAGUGCAAAGUUGGCGUGUGCACUUCUAGAUCCUAAACUGAACGGAAAAAUCCUGCAGGGGCUGCAGUUCACAUGGGAAUGUUACCGAGACGCUCUCCGUGGCUUUUCAAUAACUUUCUUCCCCGUGGGAGAUUUUCAAAAAUGAUAAAGAGCUUCGUAAUAAAGAGCGAAGUACACGAGAAAGUAUUGCACGGCGUAAGAAGGUAGAGUGGCAUAAUACUGUAAAUUAAUAUCUAUUAAAAUUUGUUACCAUGUGACUAGAAAGCAGGAACAAAAAGCUCAACAAAAUACGGAAUUCCUGUCCUCUUUUUUUUUUCAAUGCCCUCUCUUCAAUGGCGAUGCGUCAUUACUGUUAAAUGUUGGGGAAAUGACACUGCAAAAAAAAAAACUAAGAAAUAGCAGUGAAUGUUCUACUCAUUGGUUCGUGUUUCGCGUAAAUAGUUCAGCAGUUCAGGUAUUGUUACAAAAAAUUAAUGUCAUCAGCAGUGUACUUCUCAUCACGACAGCAUCUUUCCAGAAAGAUGACAAUGUUCAUGGUUAACAUCGUAUAUCCAGCAAGGGACCGCAUAAAUUAAACGUUUCCAAUCAACUCGGUCACCUAGCUCGAACCAAAGAACUGAAACUCAAGCCGCGUUAUUUUUUUCCUUUUUUUUUUAACCAACGUUGUUGCCACUCUUAACGGGCUCUCGACACACAAAAUGGAACAAAAUCACUGCCGCACAGGUCGGAUUCUCUGUCUGCUAUAAAUCACUAUUGUUUUUGCAUUUCGUUAUAGAGCGACGUCUUUAUUCUUCACAAUGGUUUUGCAGUUAAGCAUAGUAGCAUUUAACUGCAGGCGUUCGUUAAAACUCACUUGUAUCCCGUAGUGACAGAGUAACGUUGUGUUCGAUACGUCGUACUAACCAUGUGGCCCCCGCUCGUACGAAGGCAAGUCAGCAUGGCGAACGCGUGAAUCACUCGAAGUAUUCGCAAGAGUUUCGUUUCUAGCACUUUGUUUAUUGGAUGCGUUUGCUAACACGUUUUCACUGAAUCGUUCACCGCAUAAUUUAAAAAGCACAUAACAGAAUUGCACAUUGUAAAUAGGAAACUGCUCUUGUUUUGCCUAUUUCACAUAGUUAUGCACCUUGUGUUAUUUAUUUAUUUCGUUUUAUUGAUCAUCACGCACCGCAUGUCACACGUUUGCACAAAUCUGCACGAACUUAAGAAGUGGGGCGACGUCAUAAAGAUACGUCACGCUAAAUAACUAUUUUAAGCAUGCUAAGAGGCACGUUUAACCAUUACUGUUAAUUGUUGCUCCGCACGUUUAAACACUUACAGAAGAAGCAUGCACGUUGCUCAAAGGACUGCGAAGGUUUCGGAAAGUGCGUUCAGGCGUGUACAAUAGAUGAAAUGUACUGGAACCUCGCUAUAACGAAGUAGCAUCGGGACCAUAACUCAGUUCGUUAUAUCCGACAUUCGUCAUAAGAGCAGAAACAAAAAUCGCCUCUAACUAAUCGGCGAUCCGACUCGAGAAAAACGGUCUUCCUCUUCGCUGCCAUUUGGGUUGCUGCCAGACAACAGACACCGAAAUCGGCGUGUUGCUACGCUUGUCUUUCUUCAACUCUGGACAAGUAACGCCAUCCUUCGUCUAGAGUUUUCUCAAGACGAAUGAUCCAAGUGACGCCAUCCUUCAUUAGAGAUUCUAGAGUUUUCCCGCUCUGUUCAUUGGGUGGCACAACCAGUCAAAUGUGCUUUUCUGUUGCGCUGGAUGACCGAAAUUUUGGUAACUUUUUCAAGCGAUUUUAUGUUUUGAAUCUCGCACGAACACAUAUUUUUUCGUUACAGCCGAUACCGCGGCGGCUCUCGCGUUUUCAGUUUCGUUAUAAAAGGAAUAAACGCCACUGAAUUAAAGCAUGACCAAACAAAGUUCGUAUUUAGUCCGCUAUAACCAAUAAUUCGCUGUAUCAGUGUUCGUUAUAACGAGGUUCUACUGUAAAAGCGGAAUUUUAAAUUGUUCGAAUUUGAAUUGUACAGAGUUGCACGGGUUAGUAUCGUCAAUAUCACGACGCCGCUGCGAAAUGGCCGUGCGUCCGAUUCAUUCGCAAUAACUGUUACACACAUUCUGUAGGCUUUCUGUGUAUUUGUUGUAAACGGCCCUAUACAGGUAGGUUUAUUAAGGAGUCUUUCGAAGUGACGCACCCGUUUUUGAAUGAUACAUUGCACGGCACAUUGCACGGCACGAAACCCUAUGUCUAGCCAGAAUUUCUGUUCAGCUCUGGUCAUUUCGGAGGCAAGUCGGAGGAUGGCACAUGCAGUGCGAUACAUCCGAAGUCUAAUUUAUGUGAAGUUUAAGGCGCGAAUAAGACACGCACGAAGAUAAGGAACACACACACGGAGCGCCACUUCCAACAAAGAUUGUGUGUUCCUUAUCU